GGUGAGAGGUUUGAGUGUCACGCUCCUCGGAAGUGUUAUAAUUGAACCUGUGAGUUCAUCGAUCAGUCAGUGAAGUUGGCAGCGCACGAGGGGCGCAUUUUGUUUUUCGCACCCUAAUACGCUGUGCGUCUAAUUUCGUGGAUUUAGACAUUCCUUCUCUUCAGACUGCCAGACACCGUGGGAACUGGGUGAUGUUGAAUAUGGAGGAUUUCAAAGCCCCUGUCAGAGUUUUCAACAAGUCUUCAUUCAGCAUCAGCAGCCUGCUUUUUCGACGAGAGGGAGUGAUGAGUGACGACGGCGCCGCACUGGACGGGAUCCUUUCCCGAUGCUCCAAGCCCCUUUCCAGAAAACACAUUUCUUCGGGGCUAUCUGCUAGGCCUAAAGAAGUUAGUGCUCAAGAUGGAAAAUAUGAUUUACAUAGAGACAAAAACGGUGAUAAUAAAGAAUACGCCGUCCAAGAGGACAAACGAGUCUCCAGAAAUGGCCAAAGGGAAGACGGAGAAGAUACGGAGAGAGUUGGAGAGGUGAAGACAUGUGGAGGAGUAGAGGGAAAAGCCAAACCGGAGAAACCUCCUUUCAGCUAUAACGCUCUGAUAAUGAUGGCUAUUAGCCAGAGCCCGGAGCGAAGGCUUACCCUCAACGGCAUUUAUGAGUUCAUCAUAGGUCAUUUCCCUUACUAUCGAGAAAAUAGACAAGGAUGGCAGAAUUCCAUCCGACAUAACCUGAGUCUGAACAAGUGCUUUGUCAAAAUACCUCGCCAUUAUGAUGACCCAGGCAAAGGCAACUACUGGAUGCUUGACCCUUCAAGUGAGAACAUGUUCAUAGCUGGCACAACUGGUAAACUCCGGUGCCGUUCCACGGCGGGCACCCGGGCAAAGCUGGCAAUUAAACGGGAUUCCCGUUUGACCACCACUGCCGCCGGGCUGGCGUUCACUGGGUCAUUUUAUUGGCCGGUGCCAUCGUUUCUAAACCUUCAACAUCCUGCGCACUCAUACCCGGGCACAGGGUCAUAUGUAGGGCCCCAUCAGUCCAACUAUGCCACCUCGAUCCUUUCUCAACGGUCACACCACACCACCGUGAGUGCCAUAAAUGCUAGGGCAGACCGACUCUUCCAAACAAACCAAGAGUCGUCUUAUGUUGGCAUGGGUGGAGGUGCGCAGUACUGUCGCCAUCACCAAAUGAGCGCAGCCACAACAUUCGCCUCUUCAUCGUUGCCAUGCACGUUGUCUCUCCCUAACCCUUGUUCCUUUAACUUGCUAUCCGGACAAGCGAGUUAUUUUUACUCGCAUCACCAGGUACCCCACCCGGUGACGUUCAAUGCAUGGUGCCAGGAGGAGUACCCCUCAUCCAAGGCAUCUCCUGCCGGACAGAUUUACUCCGGAAAGAAUGGACCAUCGGAUUGCUUGGGGAGUUUAUGCAUGGAGUUCCCUAAUUAUUUUCUUCCAAGCAGCCACACGAGCACCCUCAACACCAAUCGUCCUUGGGAUGCAGGGAAAUGACCAUAUUUAAUUAUCUAUUUAAAUUAACAACGUAUGUUUCUCUUUGAGUAUUGUAUCUUUCUAAUGUCUACCAAUACUGCGAAAUUGAUUUAAAUAAUUGAUGUGAGUUUGCUAUUAUCCAAAUAGUCCUAUCUGUCUUUGGAAAGAACAUUUAUUUCAUCAUCCGUUUUUAAAUAAUCGCCAAUCACGCGUGAAUGUGCCAUUUCCAUCUAAACGUAUUACUAAAAACACCACUUACCAUUUACAUUUUUUUUCAGUGCAAUAACCUAGAAUAAUGUUGUAUUAUUUCACGAAUAAUGGGCAAUAUUUGUGGUGCGUUCAGAUAAUUAAAAGUGUAUUUUCCUUUGAUAGCAUUUCGUUAGUAGCCUUUUAAAAUACCAAAUAUAAUACCAACUUAUAUGUCACAAGAUGAGAGAUGCUGUAAGAUAGUUUCACAAUGGUGAAUGAUGUCGUAAAAAUAUACAACUAUUUGGCAUCUGUUAAGCUAAUUAACAGGGUCGAGAUUGUUAUUGCGAGAUGUUGCAUCACCGUUUAGGCUACUUUUACGCACAGGCUCAUCACUCGCUGACAUGUGUAUUCGUUUUUUCGUUCUUGGUGUCGUAACUCCGAUUUGCGAUUUUUAGGCCUAAGUCUUAGGGAUGUUGGCUAUAUGGAACAUCAUUUAAAAUAUAUAUAAAAUAAUGAAAAUAACUUGUACAACAGUGUCCCAUGAGUGCUCUCCAUAUAUCUGUAGAAAACUGGCGAGAUUGUCCGAUGAUAGCCUUAUUUCCAUUAUUAUUCCAUUAUUCCAAAUUGAGAAAUUGAUGUGCUUGAACAAUUCACUGUUAACUUAAAACAAACUUAAAAUAACAAUCGUCUUCUUAAAUGUCCUCUAUCAAUCGUAUUGCUUGAGGAAGGAUGUGCGUAAUUCAUUUUAAACGAAAUCUUUAGUCACGUCUGGAAAGGUAUUGGAAUAAAGUAUUUACUCUGAUGCAACUAAAAUAAUAUAUAAAUUAGAAACAAAAGUCAAUAAUUGUUUUGAUACUCCAGGAUUAAAAAUAAAACAUUGGCUAAGAAUUUUCUCUCCUGCACUAGUCUAUUUCGUCAAAAUCAAAACUAUAGGGAUUGUCUCCAUUUGUGUCUCAACAUGAACACAAUGCUGUGUUGAGCAUUUCCUACGUUUUAGAAUACAACUAAACUAAAUACAAUGGCAAGAAAAACCCUUUGGAAUUACCUGGACUUCCAUAAAUUGGUCAUGAAAUUUGAUCUGAUAUUCAUCUAAGUCACAACAAUAGAUAAACACAGUCUGCUUAAACUAAUAACACACAAACAAUUAUACUUUUCAUGUCUUUAUGGAACACACCAUGUAAACAUUCACUGUGUAGGGUGGAACAAGUAUAUGAGUUAUUAACUUGGAUUUAAUAACUGGUUGACCCUCCUUUGUCAGCAAUAACCUCAACCAAACGUUUCAUGUAGUUGCAGAUCAGACCUGCACAAUGGUCAGGAAGAAUUUUGGACCAUUCCUCUUUACAAAACUAUUUAAGUUCAGCAAUAUUCUUGGGAUGUCUGGUGUGAACCGCUCUCGGGGUCAUGCAACAGCAUCUCUGUCCGGUUGAGGUCAGGACUCUGACUGGGCCACUCCAGAAGGCGUAUUUUCUUCUGUUGAAGCCAUUCUGUUGUUGAUUUACUCCUGUGUUUUGGGUCGUUGUCAUGUUGCAUCAUCCCAACUUCUGUUGAGCUUCAAUUGGCGGACAGAUAGCCUUACAUUCCCCAGUAAGAUAUCUUGAUAAACAUGGGAAUUCAUUUUUCCGUCUAUGCUGUCCAGGUCCUGAGGCAGCAAAGCAGCUCCAAACCAUGAUAAUCCCUUCACCAUACUUUACAGUUGGGAUGAGGUUUUGAUGUUGGUGUGAUGUGCCUUUUUUUCUCCACACAUAGUGUUGUGUGUUCCUUCCUUCCAAACAACUCAACUUUAGUUUCAUCUGUCCACAUAAUAUUUUGCCAGUAGCACUGUGGAAAAUCCAGAUGCUCUUUUGCAAACUUCAGAUGUGCAGCAAUGUUUUUUUGGACAGCAGUGGCUUCUUCUGUGCUGUCCUCCCAUGAACACCAUUCUUGUUUAUGGUUUACCGUAUCGUAGACUCGUCAACAGAGAUGGUAGCAUGUUCCAGAGAUUUCUGUUAGUCUUUAGCUGACACUCCAGGAUUCUUCUUAACCUCAUUGAGCGCUCUGUGCUCUUGCAGUCAUCUUUGCAGGACAAACUCCUAGGGAGAGUAGCAACACUGCUGAACAUUCUCCAUUUAUAGACAAUUUGUCUUACCGUGGACUGAUGAACAUCAAGGCUUUUAGAGAUACUUUUGUAACCCUUUUCAGCUUUAUGCAAGUCAACAUUUCUUAAUCUUGGGUCUUCGGAGAUCUCUUUUGUUCGAGGCAUGGUUCACAGAUAGAUAGGCAAUGUUUCUUGUGAAUAGCAAACUCAACAUUUUUGAGUGGUUUUUAAGGUACAGGGCAGCUCUAUCCAACAUCUCCAAUCUCGUCUCAUUGACUGGACUCCACAUUAGCUGACUCCUGACUCCAAUUAGGUUAUGGAGAAGUCAUUAGCCUGGGGAUUCACAUACUUUUCCCAACCUACACUGAAUGUUUAAAUGAUGUAUUCAAUAUAGAUAAUAAAGAUACAAUAAUUUGUGUGUUAUUAGUUUAAGUUAUUAGUUUAAGCAGACUUUGUUUGUCUGUUGGUUGUUGUGAUUUAGAUGAAGAUCAGAUCUAAUUUCAUGACCAAUUUAUGUAGAAAUCCAGAUAAUUCCAAAGGGUUUUCAUAAUUUUUCUUGCCACUUUAUGCUUUGAGAAAUGCUUCAUCCCAGAGGUGGUGACUAUGUUCUGCAUGAUUUGUACUAUAUCUACACUAUUUUUGUUAUCUUUUUCCCUUUAAAGCGUGCAAAUGUUUGUGUACAGGGAACUCUAUGCAUGUCAUACAUAUACUGUAGGCUAUAUGUGUAAUAAUGUGAUCCAUUUUAUAA